AUGGAUGAAGAGUAUGAUGUCGUAGUUCUUGGCACGGGCCUCAAAGAAUGCAUCCUCAGCGGCCUCCUAUCAGUCGAUGGCCUCAAAGUACUGCAUAUGGACAGAAAUGAUUAUUAUGGAGGAGAAUCAAGCUCCCUCACUUUGAAUCAGCUUUGGAAGCGUUUUAGAGGAGAUGAAAACCCUCCAGAAAGUUUGGGCAGUAGCAAGGAGUAUAAUGUUGAUAUGAUACCAAAGUUCAUGAUGGCAAAUGGUAUUUUAGUUCGUGCUUUGAUUCACACCAACGUUACAAAAUAUCUAAAUUUCAAGGCUGUAGAUGGUAGCUUCGUAUACAACAAAGGGAAGAUCUACAAAGUUCCUGCAACGGACGUUGAAGCGCUGAAAUCUACACUUAUGGGUCUGUUUGAAAAGAGGCGAGCAAGAAAAUUCUUCAUAUAUGUACAAGACUAUGACGAAAAUGAUCCUAAAUCUCAUGAAGGCCUAGAUUUGAACCAAAUUCCUUCAAAAGAGCUCAUCGGGAAAUAUGGUCUUGAAGAUGAUACAAUUGAUUUUAUUAGUCAUGCAUUAGCACUCUAUACUGAUGAUAAUUAUUUGGAUCAGCCGGCAAUGGAUUUUGUGAAGAGAAUCAAGCUCUAUGCAGAGUCUUUAGCACGCUUUGAGUCAGGAUCCCCUUAUAUUUAUCCAAUGUAUGGGCUUGGAGAGUUGCCACAGGCAUUUGCUCGACUAAGUGCAGUUUAUGGGGGGACUUACAUGCUUAACAAGCCCCAAUGUAAGGUAGAAUUUGAUGAUAGUGGGAAGGCUGUUGGUGUAACCUCUGAUGGAGAAACUGCUAAAUGCAAAAAAGUUGUAUGUGAUCCAUCGUAUAUACCUGAUAAGGUCAAAAAGGUUGGAAAAGUUGCUCGAGCCAUAUGUAUAAUGAGUCAUCCCAUCCCAGACACCAAUGAUUCUCACUCGGCCCAAGUCAUUCUACCACAGAAACAACUUAAUCGUAAAUCAGACAUGUAUCUAUUUUGUUGUUCUUAUUCACACAACGUGGCUCCGCAAGGAAAGUUUAUUUCAUUUGUCACAACAGAAGCAGAGACUGACGACCCUGAGAGUGAAUUAAAGCCUGGCGUAAGCCUUCUGGGACCUGUUGAUGAGAUCUUUUAUGAAACUUAUGAUAGAUUGGUGCCAACAAAUGAUGGCGCUGGUGACAACUGCUUCGUAUCAACAAGCUAUGAUGCAACGACACACUUUGAGACAACAAUGAAAGAUGUUCUUGCCAUGUACACCAAAAUAACUGGGAAGGAACUUGACCUCUCGGUGGACCUGAGCGCCGCUAGUGCCAGCAGUGGUGCUGAAGAAUGA